UACCAACCUGCGCGAACAGACUCUCGCAACCACGCGGUUUCACUCGGUUCCUCACUACUCUUGCUAUUCCGGCCAAUGAAGCUUGUCGCCGAGGCUUAGAACACUUUUUUGCUGUAAAUAAUUCCCCGUUUUACAUUAAAAUAAUCGAUCCCGUGUGCCGAAAAGCUUUCAAACAUUAAAAUGACUGAAGAGGUUAACCCGAAAGCUUAUCCCCUGGCGGAUCAAGCGCUCACGUCGAAGAUUAUGACGCUGAUCCAGCAGGCGGUCAACUACAAGCAGCUGCGCCGCGGCGCUAACGAAGCGACCAAGACGCUGAACCGUGGUCUGUCCGAGUUUAUCGUGAUGGCGGCCGAUGCGGAACCGAUCGAAAUCAUCCUGCAUCUUCCGCUGCUGUGCGAGGACAAGAACGUGCCGUACGUGUUCGUACGGUCCAAGCAGGCGUUGGGUCGCGCGUGCGGCGUUUCGCGCCCGAUCGUCGCCUGCUCCGUCACGAUCGACGAAGGCUCGCAGCUGAAAUCUCAGAUUGUAUCAAUCCAGCAAGAGAUCGAACGACUGCUCGUUUAAGAGGUGCCCCUCCGAUUGGGACAAAGUACAAAUAAGUGUAUUAUGAUGCAUUUUUUGCCAAAAACAAAAACGGGAUGCACAGUGUAAAGAGAACGACGACCUAAACUGGAACGGUUUUACGGAUAAGAGUCCGUAAGGCACAAACA